AUGGUGGCUAACCACCUCUCUUUGCUAGUCCAUGAGGAUGAAGCUAUAGAAGAUGUUCCACCCAUCCUAGAGAUAUUCCUUGACGAACAACUAUUUUCCAUCAAUUCUGAGAAAGAAUACAGAUGGUUGACAUAUUAUCGCAUUGUCACACUUCGGCAUGUGGAGGCCAUUAUGGUGCUUCCAAGAUUGCAGCCAAGGUCCUACAAUCUGGGUUUUUUCUGGCCUACUUUGUUUAAAGAUGCUCAAGACUUUGUUGUGACGUGUAAUCAAUACCAACUAGAUUAUGUAUCAAAAUGGGUCAAAGCCGCUGCCUUACCCACUAAUAACUCCAAGGUUGUGGUUAAAUUUCUACGAAAGAAUAUUUUCACAAGAUUUGGGGUCCCUCGUGCAAUUAUUAGUGAUGGAGAAUGGCGUUCAAAACGCCAAUUGGGAUGUCACCAUAUAGACUUGUUUUUUGGGAAAGCGUGCGACGUUCCUGUGGAAUUGGAGCAUAAAGCGUUUUGGGCUAUUAAAACGCUCAAUUUUGACAUGAGUUCGGUGAGUGAGAAGAGGAAGUUGCCAUUGAAUGAGUUAGAGGAACUUCUCGUAUGA